AAUUCUUACGAAAAAUUUGUGGCUGGAUAUAAACCUUUGAAGUUGUUAAUGUACACAGUUCUAAAUAAUUUUAAAUUGAAUAAAGUUUAAAUUAAUGUACGUGUUUAAUGUGCAUCAAUAAACAUCAACCGCGUGAAGACACCACGAAGCGUAAAAAGCGCCUUUGCGAUUACGGAGACCAGCACUGGCCAAGGAAGACAUGUUGACGCACAAAACUUGUCAGGGACGUAAAAAAAUGCAGGUUUCCUUUGUGAUACGGGACGCGGAGGAGAAACAGCAUCGAAAUGGUGUCAACGCGCUGCAGUUAGACGCAAACAAUGGGAAGUUGUACUCGGCAGGGCGUGAUGCUAUUAUACGUGUGUGGAAUACGCGCUCGGAGUCCAUGUAUAUACAAUCAAUGGAGCAUCACAACGACUGGGUUAACGACAUAGUGCUCUGCUGCAAUGGUAGAAACCUCAUUAGUGCCAGCUGUGAUACCACCGUAAAAGUUUGGAACGCACAUAAGGGCUUCUGUAUGUCUACACUACGCACACAUCGCGAUUAUGUGCAGGCGCUAGCUUAUGCGAGGGAUCGGGAACAAGUUGCCAGCGCUGGUCUGGAUAAAGCAAUAUUUUUGUGGGAUGUAAACACACUUACAGCAUUAACUGCCAGCAACAACACCGUGACAACCUCUAGUCUUACCGGCUCGAAGGAUUCGAUAUACAGUCUGGCCAUGAAUCCCUCUGGAACGGUAAUUGUAAGCGGCUCUACGGAGAAUAUAUUGCGCAUAUGGGAUCCACGUACUUGUAUGCGUAGCAUGAAGUUACGCGGACAUACGGAGAACGUGCGCUGUCUGGUGGUCUCUCCUGACGGAAGCCAGGUAGUCUCCGGCAGUUCAGAUGGUACCAUCAAAGUAUGGAAUCUGGGUCAGCAACGAUGCAUACAGACUAUACAUGUACAUAAAGAGGGUGUGUGGUCACUACUAAUGAGCGAGAACUUCCAGUACAUCAUUUCGGGAAGUAGGGAUCGGAACAUCAUAGUGACUGAAAUGCGAAAUCCGAGCAACAAGAUGCUGGUGUGUGAGGAGAAAGCGCCGGUAUUAAGUUUGGACUACAACAUUGACAAAACCGGUGUGUGGGCUACGACAUGGAACUCUGAUAUACGUUGCUGGAAGUUGCCCAUGUAUGAUAGAUGUACGCUAAGCUCAGGCGGUAUGGAUGCACAGUGGACCUUAGGCGGCACGGAGCUGGCGUGCAUCAAAGGUGGUGCUGCAAUUAAAGAGUGCACAGUGCUGAAUGAUAAGCGAUACAUCAUAACGAAGGAUUCCCAGGACCAAGUUGUGGUCUAUGAUGUGCUGCGUGUGGUAAAAAAAGAAGAGCUUGGCCAGGUUGAUUACGAAGAGGAAGUCAAGAAACGUAACAAACAAGUCUACAUUCCAAAUUGGUUUACAGUUGAUUUAAAAACUGGCAUGCCAACGAUAGUUCUGGGCCAGGAGGAAGUCGAUUGUUUCUCGGCAUGGGUGUCCAUAGAGGCAGGCCUCCCAGAGUGUGUUGAUCCUACGACAGAAAUAAAGAUCAACUAUGGUAAGCUAUUGCUUGAGGCACUGCUGGAAUACUGGACGCCACCACACAGCAUCCCGCCAAAUGAAAUGGAGCCGGAUCUACGCGGCAACGGAUAUUUCCAAGUGCCCAAGCACACACCGGUUAUAUUUAGCGAAGUGGGCGGCCGCACCGUUUGUCGGUUGCUCGUACGCGAUGCUGCAGGUGAUAGUGAGAGUACCUUGCUGCAUGAGACAGCACCACAAUGGGUCACAGACGUGGUCAUCGAGAAGAAUAUACCAAAAUUCCUAAAAAUCCCAUUCUUCCUACAACCCCAUCCACAGAUGGCAAAGCCGGAACGACCUAAAAAGGACCGUUUGGUGGCUAAUGAGUUUAUACAAUGCCGAAAGGUGUGCGAGCAUGUGCUAGAGAAGGUGCUGAAUGCGGAGACAACUCCCAGUGGGGGAAAUGCAAACAAUUCACUGCAAAACAGUCAAAGCGAUGCAAACUCCGAGGGAUCGCAGCUACCGGCCGAAGAGCGCAUUGAACUUUGGUGCAAUGAUGUGGUUGUUGAUCCCAACAUGGAUUUGCGUACGGUGCGUCACUUUAUAUGGAAGCAAUCGACUGAUCUAACGUUUCAAUACAAAACGAAGCAAAAUUUUAAUUAUGAUGGUUCAAUCGGUGAUAGUUUGGAGCGUGUGACCCGCAAGUAUUGAGCAUGAGCUGCUCCCAGAGUACUAUGACCUAUUUUAUGGCGUCGCUUUCCACAAAUGUGCAUGUGAUUCCUCGUUUUUGAAAAAAAAACCCCGUCAAAGUUGCGAGAAAGUAUUUGUAUGUAGUAUAUGUUUUGUCCUGUGGACUAACCCUUGAUAUUUAUUUUUAUUCAAACAUUUGUCCCGAAAAUGGUCACACUUUUAAAAACAAUUUGUUGUUGUUGAGGAAUAAAGUUAGUUCAGACUUAGAUGAAGCUAGUUUGCAACAUAAAACGAUGCAUAAAUAUCAACAUACACACACACACAUACCAUUUAUAAACAAUUUUUUAAAAAGCAUGUUGCGAUUGGCCCGUACAAUACAUAUAUGCCUAAGUAAAAUUAGACGCGCCAGCGUUAUUCACAGUUGUUUACUUAGAUUCACAUAAACAUAUAUGUAGUGUAUAUGUACCUACAUCUAUAUAUUA